ACGUUAUCUGUUGUCGUCCGCGGACCAAUGGCUCGUCGGCUGUCCGCAGCGCAUUGUACCUAUGUGUCACGCCGGACGUUCGACUGACUAAUAAUCGCUGCCGGCCCGCCCGUUCGCCGCAUCGCUUCUUCUCGUGCCCUUCGGCAACCGCAAUCGGGUUUUUGUCUCUCACUCGCUCGUUUUUUUUCUCUCCCUCUCACACUCUUGCCGGUCACUGCUCCACUCACCGUGCCCACCGACAACCGUGUGCUGACCCGGAGUGUCGUCCGCGUUCAACACGUCAAGAUAACAACGACACGCGCUAACACAACGGGUGCAACACACCAACGGUCAGUCCAGCCGCCGUUGAUAACCGGUCUGAUGAGAUUCUGUGUCCAUUAUUAGGUCGCGCAAACGGUUCGGUGCCCGUGUUCUCCAAGUGCUCCACACUCGACCGCCGCCCUCGUGACAACGCGUGCAGAAUGGACAGUCGCGGUAGAAAAGUCGUCGUCUGCGACAACGGAACAGGGUUCGUUAAAUGUGGCUAUGCUGGAUCAAAUUUUCCAGCUCACAUAUUCCCUUCAAUGGUUGGUCGACCAAUAAUUCGUGCGCACAAUAAAAUUGGUGAUAUUGAAGUUAAAGAUUUAAUGAUUGGCGAUGAAGCUAGUCAGUUAAGAUCUAUGUUAGAUGUUACAUAUCCAAUGGAAAAUGGCAUUGUUAGAAAUUGGGAUGAUAUGUGCCAUGUUUGGGAUUAUACCUUUGGACCGAAAAAGAUGAACAUUGAUCCAAAAGAAUGCAAAAUAAUGUUAACAGAACCUCCUAUGAAUCCAAUUAAAAACAGAGAAAAAAUGAUUGAAGUAAUGUUUGAAAAGUAUGAAUUUAAUGCUGUUUAUGUAGCCGUUCAAGCAAUUCUUACAUUAUAUGCUCAAGGAUUACUCAGUGGAGUAGUUGUUGAUUCUGGUGAUGGUGUUACUCAUAUAUGCCCUGUGUAUGAAGAAUAUGUAUUACCACAUUUAACUCGAAGACUAGACAUUGCUGGUCGGGAUGUCACCCGUUAUUUAAUCAAAUUGUUGCUAUUAAGAGGGUAUGCAUUCAAUCAUUCUGCUGAUUUUGAGACCGUAAGAAUGAUGAAAGAAAAAUUAUGUUAUGUUGCAUAUAACAUUGAGACUGAACAAAAAUUAGCAUUGGAUACAACUGUUCUUGUACAGUCAUAUACGUUACCAGAUGGACGAGUGAUCAAAGUUGGAGGUGAAAGAUUUGAAGCACCUGAAGUAUUAUUCCAACCGCAUUUAAUAAAUGUUGAAGGCCAAGGUAUUGCUGAACUAGUGUUCAAUACUAUUCAAACUGCUGAUAUUGAUAUGAGAACUGAACUAUAUAAGCAUAUUGUACUUUCUGGUGGAUCAACUAUGUAUCCUGGAUUACCAUCAAGAUUGGAACGUGAAAUCAAACAGCUUUAUGUUGAACGAGUGUUAAAAAAUGAUACAACCACAUUAUCGAAACUUAAAAUCCGAAUUGAAGAUCCACCAUUACGUAAAGACAUGGUAUUUAUUGGUGGAGCUGUAUUAGGAGAAGUGACCAAGGAUAGGGAAUCUUUUUGGUUAUCGCGUGAAGAAUACCUGGACAGAGGAAUAUCCAUUCUUGAUAAACUUGGACCUAGAGCAGGAUAAAUAUGUUGAGGGUUACUGAAUAUAAAAUAGUAAAAAUAAUUUAUUAAAGAACUAUAUUUAUUACAAUGCAAAUAAUAAACAUGCGCUCAUCUCAAAAUUUUACAUCAAUUAUUACUAUAAUAAUAAUCUAUAUAAAAAUACUAGGAAAUGUAAUUCAUUAGUU